AUGGACAACGGACUGACUGAUGCCACGCCCACUGCCGCCGCCUUCCGGCUGAUUCUGCUUAGCAAAUCGAAUCCCGUAAUGCGUUGCUACAUGUUCUGGACCAGUCUGCUGGUGCUCAAGAUGCUCGUUAUGUCGCUACUCACCGCCCGCCAGCGAAUGAAGACCAAGACCUAUGCCAAUCCGGAGGAUUUGCGCCUAAGUCGGAGCCCGGAGGUUCGAUUCGGGGAUCCCAAUGUGGAGCGAGUGCGACGGGCCCACCGUAACGACCUAGAAAACAUUCUGCCCUUUCUUCUGAUGUCGCUGGUGUAUAUAGCCAGCGGACCGAAUCCCCUGACCGCCCGUCUGCUCAUUCGGAUCGGAGCAAGUGCCCGACUGCUGCACACGGUGGUCUACGCCAUCAUCCCGGUUCCGCAACCAGCAAGAACCCUGGCCUUCUUCACCACCUUCGCCAUCACCUGCUUUGAGGCGGGCUACGUGCUCGUCUGCUGUAUCAAGUACAUUUAG